GCUUUUUGUCUUAGAAGGUAGGUCGGUUGGGGCAAUGGAUACUGAAAGAAGCUUCCUUUGUUCGUUCCCAGUGGACCCAUCAACGUUCUCUUAACCUCUCCACUCUCUGCAACACUCAUCAUCAAACCACAAAAACUAGGGUUCACUUCCUCCCACCUUUCCUUUUUAAUUCACGUACACCUUUUUUUUUUUAUCUUUUAAAAUUUUAUUUCUUUUUCUGUUUUUCACAACUGGGUCCUCUUCCAUUUCUCUUAAUUUCAUGAUGUUGAUCUUAGUAUCAUCGAAUUUUUUUUGGGAUUUUUCCGAUGCAGCUGAAAUUUAAGAAGCUGGAGUUGGAAGUUUAUUCAUGAUCAUGCAAAACUCUGAGAUCGAUCCACAAGAUCAGAGGGAGGGGAAGUCGGGGCAAGGUAAGGCAGUGGGAAGAAAGGAAGAAGAUAAUGAUGUUGCCAAGAAUACUUCCUGCAUGGAGGAUUCCACUGCAAUGACUAUAGAAUUUCUGCGGGCAAGGUUACUUUCUGAAAGGUCCAUCUCAAGAAGUGCUAGACAGAGAGCUGAUGAACUGGCUAAAAAGGUUAUGGAAUUGGAGGAACAGCUUAGGAUGGUGACUCUUCAGAGGAAGAUGGCUGAGAAGGCCACUGCAGAUGUUCUUGCCAUUUUGGAGAAUCAAGGGAUAAGUGAUGUAUCUGAAGAAUUUGAUUCAGGCUCAGACCUUGAAAUUCAUUGCGAAUCUGGUGUGAGUAAUGAGUCUGCAAAAGAGGGCGAGAGGAGACGACAUGGGUCAGAUGAACUGUCCGGUUCUCACGUGGAUUCUUCGCCAGUAUCAAGUAGAAGUUUGUGUUGGAAAGGACGUAAUGAUUCUCCUCAUUCUCUUGAGAAGUACAAAACUACUAAUUUGAGAAGGCGGAGCAGUUUUUCUUCUAUCAGUUCUUCCCCAAAGCAUCGCCUAGGAAAGUCAUGUCGCAAGAUAAGACAUAGACAAACCAGAUCAGUAGAGGAGUCCAGAGAUAAGUCUGUCAAGAUUAACUGCAAAGAAACUGAAUUUGCAUCCUUUUCUGAAGGAUUUCUAAAUGGCUCAGAUGGUGGGUCUAACAUUCCAAGAAUAGAAUCUAACAUUCAGGAAGAAGAUGAAUCAGAGGCGAAACUAGUGAACAAAAAUCAUCAUGUAGAUGAACACGGAAGAGAGAAGGACAUCGAAAAGGCACUUGAACACCAAGCCCAACUCAUUGACCAGUAUGAAGCAAUGGAGAAGGAUCAAAGAGAAUGGGAAGAGAAAUAUAGAGAGAAUAACAGCACAACACCAGAUUCGUGUGAUCCGGGGAAUCACUCAGAUAUGACUGAGGAUAAAGAUGAAAGCAAGGUUCAGAUUCCAUGCUCUGCUAAAGUGGUGACCUCAAAUGCUCAAGAGAUAUUCAAAGCUGAGGCCAGAGAUAACGUGCCAAAAUCAUAUGAUGAUAGGAGAGGUUACAACAAUCAGAAGAGCACAACUUUUAGCACUUCUGAUAUGCUUGGUCAAGAAAAUUCACAUUCCCCACCGAAGGAAAACCAAAAUGAAAGCUCAGUAAACUGCCAUUGUCAGUCUACUGAUAUGAACCAUCAAGAUCCACGUAGGCAUGGCUACCCUGAUUCCAAGCCUACUAAUUCCUUUCCAAGUGAUGUUUAUGGUGGUCUGCAUCAAAAUGAUGCUUCAAGAAACAAAAAGGACCUCCAUGCCGUAGUUUCUCAUGAACAAUCUCUUGAGUUCAAUGGUGUACUUGAAUCACUUAAGCAAGCAAAGAUGUCCCUACAACAGGAGCUCAAUAGGUUGCCACUAGUAGAGGGUGGGUAUACUGGUAAAGCCAUUGAACAAUCAGCUUCUGUUAGUAAAAGUGAGGAUAGAUUUGACAUUCCUGUUGGAUGUUCUGGUCUCUUCAGACUGCCUACAGAUUUUUCUGAUGAAGCAACUGCAAGAUUCAAUGUUGAUAAUUCAAACUUAUAUCUUGAUAGAGGCACAGCUAGAACUUCUGAUGCUCAAUUUUUAACCAGUACUUACUCUGGCACAAAGUUGAGCUUGUGUGCAGAUGAUCAUUCUCUUGCCACUCGAUACUUGGAAAAUGGGUCAAGAUUUGAUUCUCAAAAUCCCCCUUUUGAUCCUUUCUCGAAUGGAGGCCAACCCUCUUCUGGGAAAUACAUGUAUCCCGCGUUUCCCAUCUAUCCAUCCUAUCAAAAUCCAACAUCACAAAUGUCAUUUGGCGAUGAACUUUCAAGACCCUAUUCAAGUAGCACAGUUGGUGUUCCUCUUGCAUAUCGUUUCUCAUUUCAUGGUGAUCAUGUGAGGUGAAACAUGUACAUAUAUAAUUCUACUAGGUUUCUAGCAGCUUCAUUGUUAAAGUGAUGGUUUUAUUGUCAUGUACCUUGAAGGUGAUUCUCUGUAUUCUCUCUCGUUGUGCUGCGGUUGUGAAGAGAAUAAUUUAUGACUAUAAAUUCUGCUAUUCAUCCUGUCUGUUCUGCCUUGGUCAUUCAUUUCCUAGAUUUUUCUCAACAUUGAUAAUGUGAAACUUGUU